AUGCUAAGUCGGCUUAGUAGAAAUUUCCUUCCAAGCGUCCGGUCCUUCUCAGGAAGUGAUCCUUAUUGGCUCAAUCUCAAGCAACAGCACGACAACUAUCCUCAAUACGCUCACCUCCACUGGCAUACGUUUGAUCCACUCGAAAUCGGAAAAUAUGCCAAGUAUAGAUCAAAAGAGUUAUACGGAGAUCACGUCUCUGAAGACCCAACACCAAUUACAUGGUAUCCUGAAGUUGAUGAGCUCACAACCCUGACCAAAGAGCAACGUGACCUAGUUUAUGAUCUUUAUAGAAAGAAAAGCAAUGAUUUUCUUAGAUAUCUAGAGCUAACUGAAGAUCUAGACGUUGGCCGCGAAGGAAAAACACUAUAUGAUGGUGUAAAUGAGAAACUUUUACAUAUUUUAAAGCCGGCCCAAGUUAAAGAGUCAUUGAAAUAUGCUAAGAAGGUAGUUGCUGAUUUUAAGGCUGCAGGGGCAACAGUGACCAAGGAAUAUGUGAUAGAAAAAGUGUUAGAGCAUUUUCUUACUACUUUUAGCAAGCAUCAAGUUCACGAGCUCCAGCAUGAGCUCGAGCCUUAUUUAAAGUCUUACGGCCCAGGCUGCUUGACUGAUUAG